AUGUCAGAGGAAAGCAAGUAUGAAGUUUUGGAGAAGAUAGGACAUGGUUCGUUUGGUAUCAUUCGAAAGGUGCGAAGGAAGAAUAAUGGAGAAAUUCUAUGCCGGAAAGAGAUCAACUAUAUGCGGAUGUCACAAAAAGAGCGAGAACAAUUACAAGCCGAAUUCGCCAUUCUUUCUUCACUCAAACACCCAAACAUUGUUGGAUAUUAUCACCGAGAGCAUCUGAAGUCCAGUCAAGACCUUCAUCUAUACAUGGAAUAUUGUGGAAAUGGAGAUCUUGGUAAAAUAAUCAAGGAUUUACAAGCAAGGAACAAAUACGCCGAAGAAGGUUUCGUUUGGAGUAUAUUUGCACAAUUGGUUUCGGCCUUGUACAGAUGUCAUUAUGGAGUCGAUCCGCCAGAAGUAGGAAGUAAUGUUAUGGGAUUGGGGAAUACCGCCAAACCACAAAAGCCGGCGCCUGGUGUCAUGAUUUUACAUCGGGACUUGAAACCGGAGAACAUCUUUCUUGGUGAAGGUAACUCGGUAAAGCUUGGUGAUUUUGGUCUUUCGAAAUUAAUGGAAUCUCACGAUUUCGCUUCUACAUAUGUUGGAACUCCAUUCUACAUGUCCCCGGAGAUCUGUGCCGCCGAAAGAUAUACAUUGAAGUCAGAUAUUUGGUCUUUAGGAUGCAUCAUGUACGAGCUUUGCACACGGGAAGUCCCCUUCAACGCAAAAUCACAUUUCCAGCUGGUGCAGAAGAUCAAAGAGGGUAAAGUCACACCAAUACCAAGUAUUUAUUCGCCAGAACUUGCAUCCGUUAUCAAAGACUGUCUGAGAGUCAACCCUGAUCGACGAGUCGACACCGUCACGUUACUCAAUCUUCCCGUCGUAAAGCUGAUGAGAAAAGAAAAAGAGGUUGUAGAGCUCGGCAGACUUUUGAGGACGAAAGAAGAAAUGGCAGCAAAACAAUUCAAGGAGCUUGAAGAGAGGGCAGAAAAGCUUGAGGCCCAAAAGGUUGCUAUGCGAGCAGAGAUUGAUUCAUCAUUGCGAAGAGAAUGGGAGGUAAAGGCUCAAUUGGAGAUUAAUCGUUUAGUACAAAUAGAGGUGGAGAAUCUGCAGAAACGAUUUGAGGAAGAGGUCCGCAUUCGAGUUGAUGAAGAAUUACAAAGAUCAGCUACCAGCUCUCGAUCAUCAAGUACAGACGAUGAAUCUGGCUCAAGCUCUCUUACCGCAAGAGACUUAAGUUCGUCGCAGAAUCUUACGGACUACUCAAGAUCAUCUGUUGGUAGCACAGGCGAUGACUAUUCAACGACUACAGACUUUACCGAUCACACAAUGUCACCAGAGCCCAGCAAACCAUUCAAGAAAUCCACCCGAACACCAUUUUCUCGAGCACAAACAAUGUUCAACGGGCAUGGAACUCCAAUGGAUAUCGAAAUGGCCGAUCCUUCACCAAUUUCUAUUGCCUCCUUGUCACUUUCUCCACGUCGGAAUAAUACUACGAAGGCUCCUGGAACUAAUAGAAACAUCUUCGCCGCUGCAAACGCAAACGCCGAGACCCGCUUACAACCUCUUCUUUUAGAUUCCGAUUCUGAUGAUGAGGAUGAUCUUCCAGUACCCUCACCUACACGACCAAAAUCUAAAACCAAUCUGUUUGUAAAAGGUGCUACGAGGCCGCACCUCAUUUCACAGCGUACAGUACCGUUGCAAAAAUUAAAUACUCAAUCAAAUUUGCCGGCAUCAAAGAAUCCUAGCAUUGAUUUGAGACAACCGAGUGGACUAGUUAGCAAGAAAGAACCACAAAGUCCGGUAACUAAAAGACUGUCGAAGAUUCCAAGCAUGACAAAUCUAUCGAGCAAUGAUAUUGCAGCAAGUCCAACACGAAAGCCAAGUUUGACGAAGAAAUUAGGAUCGGAAGCAGACUUACACAAACAGGCGAUGAAGAACAAUACAAAGACAGGAGGUGCAACAAUGGUCGGACGAACUCUCGUCGAAUUAGCCCAAGCUCGUGCAGGCGGAAGACCAAUCGAAAUGAGCCCUAGUGGAAAGGGAAGAUCAUUCGGAGUGAGAAUGGUGGAGAAGGAGAAGAUUGAAGGAAGAUCAAGGGGUAGUCGAUCAAGUAUUGGUGAUAUGGAACCAACGGUGUGGAACCCUGAUAGGGAUGAAAUGCCAAGUCCAUUUUUGAUCAAGAAUAGAUAUGCAGGUGCCGCUGGGCGUUCGAGAUAA